AUCGCUAGCCAAAAUAGAAACAUGGCUUCAGCUGAUCCCCAGCCGCGGUUCGGCCAGUCUGUCAAAGGCUUGUUAUCCGAUAAAGUGGGCUCCUGCAGCGGGGAUGUUAUCGCGUUGACACGUCAAGUGCUAAAAGGAUCCCGCAGUCAGGAGCUUCUCGGUCAAGCAGCAAGAAGCAUGGUGAUUCAGGAGGAUGCUAUCCUGCACUCUGAGGAUAGCCUGAGAAAAAUGUCCAUUAUCACCACACAUUUACAGUACCAGCAGGAGGCCAUUCAGAAGAAUGUGGAGCACUCGAAAAACCUGCAGGACCAGCUGAGACACCUGUUGAAGUAACGGAGAGGCUUGAUGCUGAGCUGGACAGGACAUGCUGUGUUUACACAGUCUGCAGACAGCAUCACAGGGCACUGUUAGACUUUUAGUUCAAAUGAAACAACAUUUGAAGGGAGGUGCGUCUCUGCAUCAGUGAAACACUGUGGGAUACUUUCUGACCAACAUAAAAUGCUGUGUUCAUUAAAGUUGCUGUCACCCUGGCUUCACAUCAAACAGCACACAUGCUUCUGUCAUACUGGGCUAUAUGUACAUGUGUGGGAGGCGUGUAUGACAAUAACAUCAAGGUAAAAAAUCAAAGACCUUAAUAAAAGUAAAAGUACAAAAUGACCUAGUCCAUUG